AUGGAUCUGGCAAAGGGAAACAGCGAAGCGAUCGAGCAUGUCUCCACACAGCAGGAACCUUACAUGGUCUCCAAGGAGCGGCCUGUCAUGCGGGCUAAAGUAGACGACUUUACCGUGUGGCAGAGUGUGAAGCAGUUCAAGCUUGUGUCCCUAGUUGCCAUGGCUGCAGCGUUCAGUGCAUCGCUCGAUGGGUACCAAAUCAACCUUAACGGCGGAAUUGUGUCGAACAAAGGAUUUAUUGGCCAGAUGGCCACCGCGGGCACUACGAUCAUUGAAUCAAAAUACGUUUCGGCGUGGGGAGGAAUCCAAUCAGCCGGCCAGGCGGUCGGUCAAAUCCUCCUCCAAUACGCCACCGAAGCAUACGGGCGAAAGGUUGCGUUAUACAUUAUUUUUGUCGACCUGGUUGUGAGUAUUUUCAUUGAGAGUUUCGCUACUCGCUGGGACCACUGGCUUGUCGCAAAGCUCUUCUCCGGCAUGGGCGUUGGCAUGUUGCAGUCUACUAUGCCUCUUUACCUAUCAGAGAUCUCUCCUUCUCAGCUUCGAGGUCUGUAUAUCAACGCCUACAGCUUUUGGUUUGUCAUUGGCCAGAUCUUCGCUUCAGUGGCGCUCAACCAGCUCAACGCCGUGGACCCGUAUAAUUUCCGGACACCUAUCUAUACGCAGUGGGCGAUGGUUGGCGCAAUAGGAUUCAUCUUCGUGCUUCUUCCGGAGUCGCCAUGGUGGCUCGUCAGCAAAGGAAAGCUCGAACAAGCAGCCAAAAUCUUGAAAAGAUACAACGGCAACGUCAAGGAGUACAGUGUUGAUGAGCAAAUUGAAGUAAUGACCGCAACAGUUGCAGAGGAGCGCCUCGUUGCCGAACGCAACAGGGAAGAAGAUAGAUGGGCUGUCUUCCGAGGACGCAAUCUCAUCCGCUUCAUCAUUGCUGGCUGGCCCAAGAUUGCGCAGCAGUUCGUUGGACUUGCCGUAUUCAACACUUAUGCUACAUAUUUCUUCCAAUAUGCCGGAUUCCAGGAUCCGUUCCAGGUUACCAUGAUUCUAUCUUGUGUCCAGCUCAUCUCGAUGAUCCUCUCAGCCUCACUGACCGAUCAAUUCGGCCGCCGCCCGCUUACAGUUUACCCCUACGCAGUCACAAGCAUAUCACUGCUAUGUCUGGGUAUCGUCGGCUGCUUCGACUAUACCAAGCCAGCACUGAGCUCCCUUCUGAUCUUCUUCGCCUGUCUGGCCACAUUCUCAACCACCGGCGCAUCGGCCAUUGGCUAUGCGUACGCGGCUGAAAUUCCUCAGCAGCGUCUGCGUGCCCAGACAGCAGGAUGGGCUUUGGCCUUGUCCAAUGGAGUUGCAAUUAUGUUUAGCUUUACCACGCCCGAGAUGAUUAAUGGGACUGUUACCCAGUGGGGUGUGAAAACGGGUUUCUUCUUUGCGGCAACGGGCGCCAUUGCUGUGGUCAUUGCUUGGUUUAUUCUCCCUGAGGUGACGCGUCGUACACCUGCUGAGAUUGAUGAGAUGUUCGAGAAUAAGGUCGGCCUUCGUAAAUUCAAGGGAUAUGUCACCGAGGUGCAGAUACACGCGGAUGAGCAGCAUCAUGCAAGAGAGUUGACAGCCAGGGCUUAG